AUGUCCCAGUAUGCAACUGGUUGUCGCUCCCAUCUGGUUAGGGGAGAGUCAGCAGCACACGAGGACUGGCUGCUUGUGCUGAGUCGGAUCUCCUUUUCUCGCGUCCCUUUAUUGGAGAGAAACCGGCAGUUUUAUUUCAAGUAAAUCAAACACAAAUUAGACGUAAGAGAGGGUUAGUUUUAUCAAUUUUAUCGGGGUGACCUGAACGAGGGGGAAAUAGGGGCGGACAGUUACUAAUUCGGCAACUGCGUAACGCAAGUCUUCAUCACAGUCAGUAGUGUAGUGAUUAUUUAGCAAAUAUCCACGAUGGACCCGAGAGACGCUGCCCCUGAUUCCUGGGAACAAGAGGACGAUGUGGAGGCCCCAGUCGAUGGGAAACUCGAUUCUGCAUUCGCUGCCCUGAAUGUGAAUGCCAAGCCGUUUGUCCCCAACAUAAACGCCGUCGAAUUUGUCCCGUCCUUUUUACAGAAAGGCCCCUCGGAAGAUACUGAUUCCGGUGCGGAUGUUGAACCAGUUGUUGCAACCAUGGAUUUUGCAGAAACUGCAGCCCUGGUGGAGAAUGGCGACUCUGAAAUGACCACAGAGGAGACAUGGGACCUUAAAGGGGCGGAGCCCAAUGAGGCGGAGCCUGGAGGGGGACCUGGUGGCGAUGGGGGACAAAUAGUUGUUGAGGAGAUCCCGGAUGAAGUAAUGGAAGAGGAGGAAGAAGUGCCAAUUGUACCUAAAGUGGUUGCUCUCCCGCCUGACGCGCCCAAGAAGGAGCACGUGAACGUGGUGUUCAUUGGUCACGUUGAUGCUGGCAAGUCGACCAUCGGAGGACAGAUUAUGUAUUUAACCGGCAUGGUGGAGAAGAGAACUCUGGAGAAGUAUGAAAGAGAAGCCAAGGAGAAGAACAGGGAAACCUGGUACCUCUCCUGGGCUCUGGACACUAACCAGGAAGAGCGAGACAAGGGGAAGACAGUGGAGGUCGGCCGGGCGUACUUUGAGACUGAAAAAAAGCACUUUACCAUCCUUGAUGCACCAGGCCACAAAAGCUUUGUGCCCAACAUGAUUGGAGGCGCUUCACAAGCUGACUUGGCCGUACUUGUGAUCUCUGCAAGGAAAGGAGAGUUUGAAACAGGCUUUGAGAAGGGCGGACAGACCAGGGAGCAUGCCAUGCUGGCCAAAACGGCAGGGGUGAAACAUCUGAUCAUCCUCGUCAACAAAAUGGACGACCCCACUGUGAACUGGAGCCUGGAGAGGUACGAAGAAUGCAAAGAAAAACUAGUGCCAUUUUUGAAGAAGGUUGGCUUCAACCCCAAGAAAGACAUUCAUUUCAUGCCCUGCUCCGGCCUCACAGGAGCCAACCUCAAGGAGCCUGUUGAGUCGUGCACUUGGUAUACAGGGUUACCAUUCAUUCCACAUUUGGACAGUUUGCCAAACUUAAACAGAUCGAGCGACGGACCCGUCAGGUUACCCAUAGUAGACAAAUACAAGGACAUGGGUACCGUGAUCCUGGGCAAACUGGAGUCAGGAUCCAUCAGUAAAGCACAGCAGCUGGUCAUGAUGCCAAACAGGCACACGGUAGAGGUGCUGAGCCUGCUGAGUGAUGACGUGGAGACUGAUGACGCCGCUCCUGGUGAGAACCUGAAGCUGAGACUGAAGGGCAUUGAGGAGGAGGAGAUCCUGCCUGGCUUCAUCCUCUGUAACAUUGAUAACCUCUGCCACUCUGGCCGCACGUUUGAUGCCCAGAUUGUCAUCAUCGAGCACAAGUCAAUCAUCUGCCCGGGUUACAAUGCAGUCCUCCACAUCCACACCUGCAUCGAAGAAGUGCAAAUUACGGCCUUAAUCUGUCUGGUAGACAAAAAGACGGGAGAUAAGAGUAAGACGCGACCACGCUUUGUGAAACAGGACCAGGUGUGCAUUGCCCGUUUGCGCACUGCAGGAACCAUCUGCCUUGAGACCUUCAAAGACUUCCCCCAGAUGGGACGGUUCACCCUACGGGAUGAAGGUAAGACCAUUGCCAUCGGUAAGGUGUUGAAGCUCGUUGCUGAGAGGGACUGAAGCUGUUGCAUGGGAGUCCCCGGUCGCAGUCCGGUGCCGGGUGGGGGGAGGAGUGAUGUCCGGGGUCAUCGAUGGGGACAAGGGCGCCGUGGCCCGCCUCUCUUCUCUCCCCCCUUGACCUACCGAAGAUCAGCUUAAAAAAAAACUUCUCUGAAAAGGAAACCUGUUUUUAAGCAAAUGAAAAUCUAGAUCAAGUCCACACGAGUCAGCUUUCUCAUAUUGAGAGCUCAGCUAUGCCAUCUUUGGGUUAGGCCCCUCCCCCCUAAACCUGUUCACCCACUCCCCUACUCUGGUCUACUCAUGAUCAUAAAACAGAUUAUUUUUACUCUUCUGGUUUUUUUUUUUUUUUUUACUAUAUAUUUUUUUUUUGUGGCUUCC